UGUCAGGGAUGGUCAUUCAGUCAUGGACACAGCUGUGGAUGGGAAGGCCACAGUGUUCAGUCAGAGCAACGUACUGUACGACCUGGACAUGAGACUUAACAGGGCGGACCACUUUGAGCUGGACAGCAGUGAUUUCAAAAGGACAGAGAGGCAGAAGACUAGUGGAAGCAGGAAAUGCUUCACGUUCGUAGUGAUUUAUUUGAUCCUGCUGACAGCACUCAAUUCAUUCCUGCUUUACAAAGUGUUCACAUUGCAGAGUGAGCUCCACCGCGUCAUUGGUGGGUCGACCGUAGACGGGUGGGUUUCCUCCACCAAUGAGGGGCGUCUGGACGCAGAGCGGUCCACAGGCACACGCGGAGACCACUUCUCGUCCCCGACGAACAGCAGCCUGGACCCGGCCUCUUUACAGAAGAGUCUGGGGACCCUGGAAGCGCGGGUGGACACGCUCUGUGGUGGCCCUGGGGGCGUGGGGCAGCUGAGGACAGAGCUGGGAAUGGUCAAUGCCAGCACGGUCCUCCUUCAACACAGACUGCUCAGCCUGAGCACCAAACCAGGUCCUCCGGGUACACCUGGAGCCCAGGGACCAAAAGGAGACUCUGGUUCUGCUGGUGUCCAAGGUCCAAAGGGCGAUCCUGGUUUUCCUGGCAUUACAGGACAUGCGGGUGCAGCAGGGCCUGGGGGAGAGAAGGGGGAUCCAGGUGUGCCUGGGUUGGAGGGCUUGAAUGGUGCUGAUGGGGAGAGAGGGGAACCGGGCCUUCAGGGCCCACCUGGACCCACAGGACCCGCAGGGGAGCCUGGCCCGGAAGGUUCAAAGGGUGACCCAGGAGAGCAGGGGACACCUGGAGUGCCAGGUGCUCCAGGUGUGAAGGGACAGGAAGGAAGAGCAGGGCCCCCAGCAGAGAGGGGCCCAGCUGGGGAGAAGGGUGACCCAGGGAACCAUGGAAUAACAGGACCUAAAGGAGUGCUUGGCUCCCCUGGACCACAGGGUGCCAAAGGGAAUAAUGGAGCUCCAGGCGCAGGCGGGCGGGCAGGAGUCCCAGGAGUCCCAGGGAUGAAGGGGGAGAAGGGUUUAAAGGGAGACACUGGCCUUAAAGGACAGCAAGGAUCGCCAGGGCUCGUGGGUCCCCCAGGCCCAAAAGGGGGGAGCGGGUUUACAGGGCUCAAAGGGACCAAAGGAAGUCCAGGGCUCACCGGCCGUUCAGGACUUCCAGGAAUUCCUGGAAGAAAUGGAACAAAGGGUGACAUGGGGUCCCGGGGACCGCAGGGGGAGCAGGGCAGAUCAGGGCUGCGUGGGGAGAAAGGGCAGAAAGGAGAACAAGGCCAGAGAGCAGGGUCAUCCGUGGUGAGGAUCGUCGGGGGAGGAACACGGGGCCGGGUUGAGGUCCUCAAUCAGGGCCAGUGGGGUACCGUGUGCGAUGACAGCUUUGACACCGUGGACGGGACCGUCAUCUGCAGAAUGCUGGGCUACACGCGAGCUACCGCUGUGUUCACGGCCACAGCAGGAACGGGCCAAAUCUGGCUGGAUGAGCUACGCUGUGUUGGCACUGAAACCAGCAUCUUCCUGUGCCCACACGCGGGAAUGGGGGUCCACAACUGCGGCCACAGCGAAGACGCAGGCGUAACAUGCGUGUAGCAGUGAACACAGUGCUCUUAUUGCACAUUCUAGUGAACUAAAUAACCAACUGACUGACUGGCUGGCAGGCUUACUGACUGACUGACUGAUUGAUUGAUUGAUUGAUUGAUUGCAGACCUGGGUCAAAUAUGUAAUUGUUUUGGAUUCAAAUACAAAUACAAAUACAAAUUCAAUUCAAUUCAAUUCAAUUCAAUUCAAUUCAAUUCAAUUCAAUUCAAUUCAAUUCAAUUCAAUUCAAUUCAAUUCAAUUCAAUUCAAUUCAAUUCAAUUCAAUUCAAUUCAAUUCAAUUCAAUUCAAUUCAAUUCAAUUCAAUUCAAUUCAAUUCAAUUCAAUUCAAUUCAAUUCAAUUCAAUUCAAUUCAAUUCAAUUCAAUUCAAUUCAAUUCAAUUCAAUUCAAUUCAAUUCAAUUCAAUUCAAUUCAAUUCAAUUCAAUUCAAUUCAAUUCAAAUUCAAAUUCAAAUACUUUUCCACACUUUACCUUACUUUAUAUCUGGUGUAUUGGAACCCAUGACAUACCCUCAAAAAGUGUGAAUCUCGCCUUUGGCUCAAUUCCACCAGGUAAGAUCAAGCUAGCACACAAAAGUAUUUGAAUCCAAAAUCAUUACCUAUUUCACCCAGGUCUGAUUGAUUGAUUGUAUUGAUUGAGUGAUUGAUUUGUGAUAUUGACAGUAUUUGCCAAGAAGCUUUGAGUAUUUUUACUUUCAUUUAGAGGGUGUGCCCAGUGUACCAUCAUAUAACUGUUGGUGUGAACAGAAGCAGUGAUGUAUUUUAGAAUCAGUGUCACACUGUGCAAAGUCAGCAGCCAUAUUAACAGCCUUGGAUGGACAGCACCCUUUCCUUUAUAAACAAAUUACAACAAUAUUUCUCUUGAUAUUACUAACAUUACUAAUUAUAUUGCUGUCAGCAGUGCUGUCUCAUAUCCUGCAAAUGUCUUGACACUUCAAUGUUUUACUGUUGUGAUGUAGUCAAACCCUUCAAUGUUUGCUGCUAUGGUUCACCCCCUGGGCACUUUUUCAUUGUUCACUAGGUAUGGUAAAAUGUUUUCAUGUCAUGUCAAUUUUUGUUGACCUGUGUAUCUCAUCAGUGUGACCUUGGGCUAACUGGUUAACUGGCUGUUUUCCACAUGUGAGCAAUAAAGCUAGGUUUCAUGUAA